CGACUUUAAACAUAAGCAGCUUCUGACCUAUAUCCACACUGUAAACACCUUAGAACUUGAGCUGCAGGCUUUGCUGUAUCCAGGGACUCUGGAGGGGCCCUGGAAAGAGGACUUGCACGGGAGAUCAUUACAUGACCCCUCGCCCCUCACCUCAGCCUUUCAGGAAAGGGCCACAGAGAUCUUGGAGAGCCUAAGUUGGAUGAAGACUUUUCAUGACUAGAAAAGAGGAAUGCAAGCAAUGCAAAGGCGUCUUCCAGGGGUUCUGAACUGAUGCCUGAAAGGUCACCCCUUGCUCCACUAAACUGACCAGCGGCAUACUGAAGCACUGCUUGGAUUUGCCUCCUUGGAAGCAAAACAGUGAAACAGAAGCAAGCCACAGUUCGGCUCCAGCCGACACAAUGGGCAGGGCUGAUGUAGAGAAGGAUCACCUGCCUGAAAAAAUGAAGCCCCCAGAUGGUGGCUGGGGCUGGAUUGUGCUGCUGGGUUGCUUCACCAUUACUGGCUUUUCCUAUGCCUUUCCAAAGGCAGUGAGCGUCUAUUUCAAGGAGCUGAUGCAUGACUUCCACGUGGGCUACAGUGACACAGCCUGGAUCUCAUCUAUCAUGCUGGCUAUGCUGUAUGGAACAGGGCCUGUAUGUACCAUUAUGGUGAACCAGUUUGGAUGCCGGCCUGUGAUGCUUGUUGGAGGACUUCUGGCUUCCUUGGGCAUGAUUCUAGCCUCCUUCACUACAAACAUUAUUGAGCUGUAUUUGACGGCUGGCAUGCUGACAGGAUUAGGUAUGGCUCUGAACUUUCAGCCUUCCUUGAUCAUGCUAGGCUCCUACUUUGACAAGCGCAGACCUCUGGCCAAUGGACUUGCAGCGGCUGGGAGCCCGGUUUUCCUUUCCGCCCUCUCUCCGCUAGGACAAGUCUUGCUGGAUAAGUUUGGCUGGCGAGGGGGGUUCCUCAUUAUGGGGGGCUUGCUGCUCAACUGCUGUACCUGUGGAGCAGUCAUGAGACCUCUGGAGAUUAGCAUGAAGAAGAGAGAGAAAGUCCAGGACAAAUAUGAAGUAAAAGAAAUGCUCCCAAUGGGAGGAAGGACAGAAGAGGUUAUCAGCACCAUGGACAGCACGAAGAAGUCCAAAAAAGCCAAGAAGAAAAAGCACAAGAAAAGGAAGAAGUUGUUAGAUUUCUCCAUCUUCAAAAACAAGGGCUUCGUCAUUUAUGCCAUUGCCAAGUUCAUCAUGGUUCUGGGCCUCUUUGUGCCCCCUAUAUUGCUCGUCAACUAUGCCAAAGACAUAGGAGUGCCAGACAAGGAAGCUGCUUUUUUGCUGUCCAUCAUUGGGUUCAUAGAUAUUUUUGCCCGCCCAUCUUGCGGCAUGUUUGCUGGACUUAAGUGGGUGCGCCCUCACGUCACUUACUUGUUCAGCUUUGCGAUGCUGUUCAAUGGCCUGACCGAUAUACUCAGUGCCAAGGCCAACACCUACACAUCGCUCAUCAUCUUCUGUGUCUUCUUUGGCCUAUCCUAUGGCAUGGUGGGAGCGCUGCAAUUUGAAGUACUCAUGGCCAUCAUUGGGUCCCAGAAGUUCUCCAGUGCCAUUGGGCUUGUGCUGCUCAUCGAGGCCUUUGCAGUACUCAUUGGACCUCCCUCUGCAGGACUCUUGGUGGAUGCACUCAAGAAGUAUGACGUUAUCUUCUAUAUGGCUGGCUCAGAGGUUGUGUUGUCGGCUCUCUUUCUGGCCAUUGUUUCAUACUGCUGCUUGAACAGAGCAAAAAAGAUGCCUUCACAACCGGAGCAUCCUCCUCCAGGGGGAGGUGGCAGUGAAACAGAGGAAGCCGAAUCAGACGUACCGGAAGCAGAGGAUCAUCCUGGGGACAAUCAUCACCUGUCUCACAGUGGUAACAACAAUGCCGGGAGUGAGGCAGUGAAUCACCUUACAGAAAACAGGAAUGCAGACAGAGUCGGGUGUCCCGAUAGGGAAGGCACAGUAAUGAUACCAGGUGGCUGCCAUAUUGACCAGAUAAUAGAAAGAGACAGUUUUUAGCUAUGUGAAGUUCAGCUUCAAAGAAAACAAUAUUGCCAAUGGGCAGGACCUGUUGAGGCCAAAAAAAUAAAUUCAUAGGAAGAGCAGAUAUUGUUUGGAUGGUGGGAAGAAACAGGGGCAUCGCAGGACUUGCAGUUUUUACACGUAUGAAGACAGGCUGUAUUGCAAACAGGAUUAUCUAAAAAUCAAAAAAGCUACAGGCAUUGUCAAACUUUUACAUUAGAGGCUAUUCACAAUCAGACUGCCACACUGUGUUAAGUCUGUCUUCGAUCCCUUUCCUAAGCUACCUCUACAGGCCCACAGCCCAACAAAAGAGGCCCUCUCAUCCUGAUCUUGGGCGUGGCAUUGCCUGCUGUGGCAAAUAUGCAGGAGAGGAUUGUUUCCACACAUAGAAUAUUAGGAGAUACACCUUAUAGGUUGAUAAUCAAUAGGAUUCAUUCUGAAAAAGUGGCAAAGUACCAAAGUUCCAAUUCAAAAUUGUACAAAGGUAAGGAGAAGCCUGCUGUUGGAUAAAGUUAUGCUGGUGCAAGAAAGAAGAUUUUAACCUCCUAGUUAAGUACCCCUUGGCUGCAGUUUUCAACACAUGGGGGUAGGGAAGCUAGGCUGAGACAAUUAAGCUACUCAAAUCUAUUGUCUGAGGCUUUCGCAGCCAGAAUCAACUGGCUGUUGCCCAUUUUCUAGGCUGUAUGCCAUGGUCUGGUAGUUUUUGCUGCCACCAUUUCGCCCACAUCUAU